CCUAAUAUGAUAACUGUUACACUACUCUUCUUAAAUGCCACAUGCAGAAAACCCCCGACGUAUCUCUCUCGACUACACCGUGUUUUACCAGCGUGAUUCUCUUCCUCUGUACAACUGUACAUGGCUGAGGUUGAUAUUACCGCAUUGGGAAAUGGGGUGAGAGGAUGAAUCAGCAAUCAUAUCUUAUCUGCACGUGAUCUAUCGCGGAAAUAAAGUUUCCCCGUGACGCGCGCGUUUUUCUGCCGCAAACCACGCGAAGAAGAAGCAGCCAAAAAAAGCUCGGAGAACGGUUUCUGGCCGUUUUUCACAAUUCCCGCCGCUGAUUGUUUCUCUCGCUACUCCUGAUAUGCUCCCUUUUCUCCCCAAGAAGGCUGCUGGUCAGGUGGAGCUAUAGGAGAGCAGAACUCUUUUUCCAUCUGCAAGGCCCUGAGAGAUACUUCUUACCUCUUAAGAGCUUUUUGCAGCUAAUUUGUCGUCGUUAAGAAGGCCUGAAAACGAAAAAUAUAUUCAGGCUCCGAGGAGCCGUUUUGACGAUGGAGGAACUUGUCCCUGACACCCCCCUCCGCAAUCAGAGGGCUGACAUGUCCUCAAUUGCUGCGGGGUCUGAUGCUGAGCACGAUGACCAGGGUAGCUCGGAGUUCGAAGAAACCGUUGCAACGGUCCCUCUAUACAAACACCAGCUGCCAACGCAAACAUUAUUCACCCCCUCAACACAACAAUUCACCCAAAAAUCUACCCAACCCACCCAGAUAAUAGACCGAAACCCCAACCAUCUGCUUUCCCCCUCUGCGCAAAACUCUUCUGUCGUCCAAGUCGCCACAUCCUCGCCGCUGGCUCCCAAGUUUACCCCCUCCCGUCCUUACAAAAUAACCCGGGCUGGAGUCUUGUCGAAUUCAAUGGCCCCCAUCGGGACGCAGUUUAGGCCUCCACCAAUGGUAAAGGUCCCUAUUAAGAGACCCCCUGCCAUUGAUCUUGACGACGAGGGCCCAACCUACCGCGGCGGAUCUUCAGACGAGGACGAUAUUCAAUUUGUUGGAACUACGGAUAUCAAGCGAUCUACAUUUGCAAAGAACCCUAAGAGCCCUGAUAAAGAACGGAUUCUGGAGUCACCAGCUGCUGUGAACGGUGCUGCGACUCGGUUCAAGGAAAUUACCGCAUCCGCCUUCUACAACCCAUCUGCAAAUGACAAUAAUAGAAAUGUGUCUGGAAAACGCUCAGCGGACAGAAUGUCCUCUGCGCCUGACUAUAGAUCAGGGUCGCCUAAGCGAUCGCGGCAGGAAGAUACUUUUACAUUGGAUGAUAUUGAAGAUUACCAGACUAGAAUUAAAGUCCAGCGCAUACUCAAUGUCUUGCCGGGCAAGUCCAUCCAGCUCAUCCUCAACACCCUUGUAUCCAAGAGAGGUAACUACGAAAAUGCCCUGGAACAUCUAGCAAGCAUAGAGGAUUAUCUACCCACGGACCCCAUCUCUGACGACGAGCUAAGUCUGGACCGCCAUACACCCCACGUGGAGCCAGCGAAACAACAGAUUAAGGCGAGAACACGCAUCCAGGAUAAGUGGACUUCAAGCCAGAGACUUCCAACCCAAAAGAGUGGGUCUGAUAGAGAUGCCUCAGCACCCCGUAAGCGGUUGAUCAGGGGUCAAAGAAUGCGUACUUCAUCUCCCCCAUCCAGGGCAUCUCCUGCUCCUGCCAGAGUCUCCAAGAAGCCUGGAAGGCUUAUUAAAGGCAGGAAAUCUAGACCACGAUCAGAAUCUCCAGAGAUACCUAUAGUUGAGAUAGACUCGUCUGAGUCCGAUAACCAUGAAGAUUCCGAAGACGAUAGUAUUCUGGAAUCAAAAGUCCUUAAAUUUUUCAAUUCAUGUUCCGUGGCAGAUCUAUCCGACAUCGCUGAAAUCCGGGAAAAUAUUGCCAACACUAUUAUCUCAAAACGUCCGUUCAAAUCUUUGAACGCGGUUCGUCAAAUCACCCAGGAGGACGAUUCGAUUGGAAAGACUUCAAAGGACAAGUCGAAAAAGUAUGCUAAGAAGCCGAUUGGGGACAAAGUUGUCGACAAGUGUCUUGACAUGUGGACGGGUUAUGAAGCUGUGGAUGCUCUUGUUUCUAAAUGCGAAGCACUUGGAAAGCCAGUUGCAAACGAAAUGAAACGAUGGGGCGUGGACAUUUUCGGCACAAAGACACAAGGCGAGCUUGAAAUAACUUCUUUGGAUACCAAGAACACGUCAGAUGGGACCCAUGAUUCUGGAAUUGGCACUCCUUCCAGUGGCUGUUCCCUGAGCGUCGACGAUGACGAACUCAAACCCAACAAUAACUCGCGCAAGAAACAGCAGUAUAUUGGCCAGCCAGCAAUAAUGAGCGAAUCGAUCACGAUGAAGAAUUACCAGAUUGUUGGGAUCAACUGGCUCAAUCUUCUCUUCGAGCAGAAUUUGAGCUGUAUCCUUGCAGAUGAUAUGGGUUUGGGGAAAACCUGCCAAGUCAUCGCUUUUCUUGCCCAUCUCUUCGAGAAAGGAGUCAAGGGGCCGCACCUAGUGGUAGUUCCCUCUUCGACUCUGGAGAAUUGGCUCCGUGAAUUCUCCGUGUUCUGCCCAAAACUAAACGUCAUGCCUUAUUACGCUAACCAGAAAGUUCGAGCUGAGAUUCGGCAGCAAAUUGAAGACACGAGGGACUGCAUCAAUGUCGUCGUCACGACUUACACAAUUGCAAAGGCCAAAAUAGAUGCCGCCUUCCUUCGUUCCAUGGACUUUUGUGUUUGUGUAUACGACGAGGGCCAUAUGUUAAAGAGCAGCAAAUCCGUGCUCUACGACAAACUAAUCCGCAUUCCGGCCCAGUUCCGGCUAUUACUUACCGGUACUCCCCUUCAGAACAACCUGCAGGAGUUAGCUUCACUGCUUGGGUUUAUCCUACCGUCAGUCUUUAGAGAGAGAAAGGAGGAUCUUGAGUACAUCUUCAGCGCCAAAGCCAAGACUGUCGACGACACACAUGCGGCGUUACUAUCCGCGCAACGCAUUGCUCGAGCAAAAUCCAUGCUCACCCCCUUCGUGCUGCGGAGGAAGAAGCAUCAAGUGAUCGAUCUGCCGCCCAAACUCACCAGCGUGGAAUAUUGCGAGAUGAAUGAGGCACAGAAAGAAAUAUAUACUCACGAAGUCGAGACCGUACGACAAUUAAUUGCAGAUCGAGCCGCGGGGAAAAAGGUGGGCAACAAGUCUGCCAACAUCCUCAUGAAACUACGCCAGGCCGCCAUCCAUCCCUUGUUCUACCGACGUCACUACGACGACAAGACGCUCAGCCGUAUCGCCAAAGCAUGCAUAAAAGACGAAAAAUGGGCUGCAUCGGACCCGGACCAAAUCUACCUUGAACUAUGUGCCUACAACGAUUUCGAAGUCCAUACCCUCUGCGAACAAAACCCAACCGCCCUGUCCAGAUUCAUACUUAAAAACGACGAAUGGAUGCACUCUGGCAAGGUGGACAAGCUCUGCGAGUUAUUAACCCGCUUCAAGGAGAACGGCGACCGCACUCUCGUCUUCUCCCAAUUCACCAUGGUCAUGGACAUCCUCGAGCACGUCUUACAAACGCUGCAAAUGCGCUUCUUCCGCCUUGAUGGCAGCACCAGCGUGGAAGAUCGCCAGUCCACCCUUGACGCCUUCCACGAACAAGUCGACAUCCCCGUCUUCCUCCUGUCAACCAAAGCUGGCGGCGCGGGUAUUAACCUCGCGUGCGCGAAUAAAGUUAUCAUCUUCGACUCUAGCUUUAAUCCGCAGGAGGACGUGCAGGCGGAGAACCGCGCGCAUCGGGUGGGCCAGACGCGCGCGGUUGAAGUUGUGCGGCUUGUCACCAGGGAUACGAUUGAGGAGCAGAUGUAUGCGCUGGGACAGACGAAGCUGGCGCUUGAUCAGCGAGUUUCUGGAGAGGAUGAUGGGGGGGCUGCGUCGGCGAGGAAGAGCGAGGAGGCUGGAUUGAAGGUUGUGGAAGAGAUGGUGAUUGCGAAGCUUAAGGAGGAAAAGAACGAUGAGGCUGGUGAACCUCCUGCUGCUGCUGCUGGUGGAUCUGAAAAAGUGGAAACAGCAGAAAUAUCUUGAUAGAAAACUAUUGCAUUCGCCUUCCGUGCGAUGCGCUCCGCUACACCCAAGGGCCGUUUUUCCAUAUUUCAUCAAGUUACCACACAUUCCGUCGAUAGCCAUAUGCAUGGUAUGGCCGAACGAACCAAAGCCGACACAGAGGCGUUCUAAUCCUCCUUCCCUCUUUAACCUACUCUCUUCGAGUGCUUCACGGAAAGGUUUUCAUUUUUUCAUUUUUUUUAUUUUUACCCUCAUCCGCGCGCCGUUCCGUCUCCAUCAAGCCCCUUGCGAAAACGCCACGAAAUUAGACAGCCGUUUCAUCGGUCGCGCCCGCGCACCCCGCUUAUGCUGUAGACUUUGCUGGAACUAUUACUCCCCCGCGCCCGCCCCCCAACUCCUUUGGGCUUGCCACAUACUUGCAUCCCGUUUCGGUAAACAUUAUUCCUACGGCUGGGCUGUUGCCGCAGUCCUGUCAGAACUUUUCGCAAACCCCGGAAAUACACCCAUGUUUGUGGAUAGAAAAGAGCAGUAAUGAGAAGAAGGGUAGAGAGUAGAAGAGACGAGAUUUCUUGUUUAAGAUCCGCUAAAAUAAUUCCAUCUGCUGGAGGGGGUUAAACCUUGGCUGGUGUCCCCGCCCGUUUCUCUUCGUCAUUGCCUCUACGGAGUACUUUGUGUUGGAUUUUCGGGAGUAUUAAGAAUUGGAGUUGAAAUGUACGCGAGAAAAUAAGGCUUUGUCGAUAGAUAGAUAGAUUUCUUUUCUUUCUUUUUUUCGCCCUCUUUUCCUGUUUAUACAUCUUUUAUCCUCUUUAUCUGCUUAGCGGGAUAUGUAAAGAUUAGAUCUAUUUUUUUAUUAUUUUUUAUUAUUUUUGUAUCCUUUGUCAAGCAAAUUAUAAUGGUACAGGAAUGAUAUUGUAGACAUACUCCCUCUUUUUUUGACCCUCCUGUACCAACUACCAUCGUACUAAGGAUAUAUCCUGCCGCAAUUUACAGUGCCAAUGUUGGGAAAUCUAGACCAAAACAUGUACUGUACUCCGUACAUACCCCAUAAUUCACUCCUCUAUUGCCUCGCUUGCAAUGCGAAGUACGGAGUAGAUGUGUUCCUAUUUGCUCGGCUCCACUCUGGAAUGAUCUAUAAUCUAUUGCAGCGUAUAUUCCCGCUCUACUAUAUGUAUGUUCCGUUUCCU